ACCAAGCCAAGAUCAGCUACUUCCGAAGGAUCAGAAUCCUCAUGAGUCAUGUACCCUGGCGUUCAAUGACAUUUGCCAAAUUCAACUCUCCGUGUUCGUUUGCCUUACCUUCCAUAGCCUUGGGGUUUAAAGAAACAUCGAUCAUAAUGCGUGACUUCUUCGCUUCAUUACCGGCACCUUUACCGCUGUACAUUCUUCUGGACCUCACUGACCUGAAAGCAUUAUAUGCCGCCAUUGUAUCUUCACCACACCUUUACGCUGUCUUUCACCUCGAUGCCGGCCUGAUCUUCUCGACCAUCGUCAGAAGGACAAUGCCAGAUGAAUUGGUCACUCCAAUGAUCAUGUACAUGCGUCUCCACCAACGCAGCAAACCCACAGCCUCGACAACAUUCAAAAUUCUCGAAGCAAUAAUGCUGGUUGAUGACGCAAACCGAUAUACUUGGGAUGAUAUAUCUCCAGCAACUUUCUUCCAAGCUAUUUCACAAUAUGUGAGGAUACACGAUCUGGCAUACUCAAUCCUUCGCUCAAAGCUAGAUUACCUUGCCACAUUGCAAUUUGAAAAAUUGGCGAAUCUUCCGCACAAGUACAUUCACAAGUCGAUGGCUAAGCAAAAUCCCCAAAGUGUGGCUUUGGAUGUCCCAGCUCGGUUCCAAGAUCCCAGUUGGGUGGAAGAAAAUCGUGCUGUUCGUGCGCUGUGGUUUUUGACUUUGGGCUGGCGAGUUUCUUGUAUGCUGGGCUUGGAUGAAUUGGAGUCUAUUGGUUUUGCGAAAAGACUUGUUGGUGAGAAAACAUGGAAACAUGAGGAGAUUGUGGAAAUGGUGAGGAGUGUGUUGGAUGGUCCGACUUUGCAACCAUCAACACCGAGUCUGGCUUCCAACACUGAAAUGGCCAACGAAUCGUUUUCGGUACUCCAAAGCUACCCCAUACUACGACGUUCCCGAGUCACAUGUCCAGAGUCAUCGACAAACACCUCAAGAGUCCCUCUAUACGCACAAUCCCCUCUCACACCUCCACAUUCCACCCCCGCCUCACUAGCUUGGGAUCAAGCCCCCCAACGCCUUUCCACCAUGCCUCGUGUAUACAGGAUCCUCCUCAUGCUACGAGAUCGCCCAGACUCGCCCUUCCGUAACCCUGGCACACGAUCUCACAACGCUCGUACACUCCAAAUGGAUCAUUUCAUCCGCUUGGGCUUUGGAUUCUGGGAUCUGUGGCGUGUGAGUGUUGAGAUGAGAUUGUGGUCGAUGCCAUAUUCUAUUCGAGAGGAGUUGAAGGGGGAAGGGCAAGGGAAGGUGGAAGUCGUGGGCCAGAGUGAUUCGAUAUUCCGGCAUUGGGUGAUAUGGAGACAGGAGAAGCAGAGGGAGGAAGGGGGAUGGAGGAGAGGGUUCAAUACCCGAUGCUAGCAAGAGAUAUGGAUAUCUACGAGAUUCCGAGA